GCCCUAAAUAUUUCCCCCAUUGGGAGAUGGGGUUGGAGAUGUCUAAUCAAUGAUUCCUAUAAAUCAUGGCUAUACUAGUCUCUGUGCCUUCUUUUUUCUCAUUUCUCAGUUCCUUUAGUUAGUCAAUGCCUUAUUUGCCUCUCUCGCUCCCCAAAGUAAUUCAAUCUUCAACCUUUUUGUCUAAGAAGGCCUAAUAACUAAGUUGAGAAUCAAUCUUGAAAACAAAAGAAAUUGCAGAAAGAAUAUGUCAUCUGUUCCUACUGAUAUUCGUGAUUCUGUACUUGCUCUCCAAGGGAUUGAAAAUGAGCAUGACUUGAUAGCUUCCCAAAAGGAUCGGAUAAAGGCCAUUAAAACAGAACUAUGGUUUCUGAAAACAUUUCUUGACUGGAAGGGAAAGCAGAAUCGGAAGAAGCUUAUGGCCCUGCAAAAACAUGUCAAACCAUUGAUGAAAAGUGUUGGAGAUGAUCUGCGUGACCUCUUUAAGAGCAUAUGGUGUAGAAAAGACGAGCCUGAUCAACUUGACACCAUCACCACUGAUGUGCUAAAAAAGAUUCGGCUUUCCAAGCCAGAUAUUAGAGUUUAUUAUUCUUAUCCAGAAAUUCCAGGUGCUAGUUCUCUGACCCACGAACUUGUAGUGGAAUUCAUAAACAAUGUUGUACGGAAUCUUAGGGAUCUGCUGAUUGCUCGACUUGGGGAGCUGCUUGCUAUGCCUGAUGAUUCAGAUAACAUAUAUUUUCAAGUCAAGGAUCAAAUGAAAGUGUUAGUAAAGGAGUUGACAGUACUCAAGAAGUUUGUUUGUUUUCUGGGAACAAUAUAUAGCCCAGAACUCGAAAGCUGCUGGAAAGCUUUCCUCUCUCAUGCUGAAGUUGUGGCAACCAAUGCUGCAACUGUUUGCUUCUUCUAUUUGCCUGAUUCCGACGAGGACAAAUCUGUGGCUCUUAGAAUUGCUAAUUCGCUUAUUGAUUGCUGCAGAAAAGGAUUGAGCCUAUUGAGCCACAGAUUCGCAACAUCUACGCUGAUGUCAAGAUUAUCAGGCAGUCCUCCCAUGUCCUCUACAACACUUUUAACUUUGGAUAAGGACCAAACUGAAACCCUUCCGGAUCAGCUUAAGUCAUCGAGAAUUAUUCUCAAUGAGUUGUCAUUGAUUAACAGCAUUCAGGAUGAGAUGAGGAACCGUUUCUUCACACGGCUUGAGAAUGUGGCUGUUGAUGCUGGACUUGUCAUUUAUUCAUUGUAUGACAGCAGCAAAGACAAGGAACAUCAGAAGCAAGAACUGAUUGUUUUAGCUGAUACAGUUCAGCUUGUCAAGACACAAGUUAACCGUGAUAUCCGGGAGUGGGUACAAUCCCAUUUGCCUAAAAAUGAUUCAUUAGGCUCUAUCAAUUUCCUUAUGGAGAGCUUAAAGGGACUCAUUUGUUGCCCUGCUGAUUCACUUACUUCGGUGAAGAACCAACUCGAACUGGUCCAUGAGGAGCUUGAAUUUCUCCAACCUUUACUCAAGGGUGCAGCAGAACCAAGCAAUAAUAAGUAUGAUGAAAUUCAAGAUAUAGCUGCAAGAGUCAUUGAUAAUGCACAUGAGUUAGAGGAUACAAUAGAUUCUUUGAAAGUUAGAGAUAUUCCUCUUUCGUAUUUUAAAAUAUGGCUCUCGGUGAUGACAGAAGAGAUUAAGAUUGUUAAGACAGAGUUGCCUAAGUCCGAGAAGAAGGAAAUAACAAUUGUUUCCCCUGCUACCAAUGACGAAGAACCUGUGGGCUUCUUGGAUGUGAAGGAAACCAUAAGAGGCCAACUAGUUGGAGGACCACACCAGCUAGAAGUUAUCUCCAUAGUUGGUAUGCCUGAAUUAGGAAAAACGACCUUGGCCAGAAGUUUUAUGAAUGAUCAGUCAAUUGUCUCCCAUUUCAAUUUCCAAGGUGAGUGUCGUGUUUCUCAGGUAUACACGCGUAAAGACUUGCUACUUUCCAUCUUGAGUGAUGCUACUCAUGAGCCUAUUGAUCUAAGUAAAGAAGGUGAAAGUGAAUUAGCUGCUAGACUAAAACAAACAUUAAUGAGAAGAAGAUAUCUUCUUAUUAUUGACAAUGUGUGGGAGAAAGAUGCAUGGGAUGAUCUAAGAUUAUGCUUUCCUGAUGAUGAUAACGGCAGUAGAAUCAUUCUGACCACCAGACUGUGGGAAGUUGCUCUUUACGCCAAACGUUCCACUGAUCCCCAUGAUCUACGUUUGUUUAAUAAUGACGAAAGUUGGUCCUUAUUACAAAGAAAGGUGUUUGGGGAAGAAAAGUGCCCUGAAGAGCUAAAGCAAGUUGGGCAAGAAAUAGCAAAAAAGUGUAAAGGGCUACCUCUUUCGGUUGUUUUAGUGGCUGGUCUCCUCUCAAGGAUGGAUAAGGAAGAAAAAUGUUGGAAGCAAUUGGAAGUAAGUUUAGGUGCACAAAUCCAGGGUGGCACAAAGGAUUUAGUACAACUAAGUUACUACAAUUUACCUUAUAAACUGAAAUCAUGCCUUUUAUAUUUCAGAGUAUUUUUAGAGGAUAGCGAAAUUUUAGUCUCAAAACUAACAAGGUUAUGGAUUGCCGAGGAUUUCAUUGAAGAUGAUGACGACAAGGAUUUGGAGGACAUUGCAGAAGAUUACUUCGAGGAUCUUAUCAGAAGAAACUUGGUCAUUGUUACUAAGAAGAGAUCCAUUGGAAAGAUCAAGGCAUGUCGUGUACAUGACCUAGUGCUCGACUUCUGUAAGGAGAAGGCUGUGGAAGAAAACUUCCUUUUGUGGCUAAAAAGAGAUUAUGAUGAUGAUCCUCCACGCUUUUACUCUAAAAAGGCUAAGCAACAAGGCUUAUCAUCUAACUCUGAUCGGGAUAGGAUAGCUAGGUGGAGCGCAUCAUGCUCUUAUGCUCGGUCGAUUUUAUUCAGGGAGGUCGGUGAGAAUAGAUUUUCUGUCAUGAAAAAUGCAUCAGACGUAUUUGGUAGCUUCAAGUUUCUUAGGGUAUUGGAUUUGGAGUUUGUUAUUGUGCAUUCUUUCCCUACAGAACUUAGAAAUCUAAGGUACUUUGCUGUUCGAACUGCUAAGAAUUCUAUCCCAUCAUCUAUAAACAAUCUUCGGAAUCUAGAAACAUUUCAAGUCAAAGGAAUGAAGGAAGCAGGUGUCACUGCCAGAAACUUUCUGGAAGUUGGAUCAGUUGAGACAUGUACACAUUGAUAUAGCUAUGUUUGAAAAUGCAAUGAAAUUCCUUGACAAGGGCCCCUCAAAAUUGGAAAAUUUGGCAACACUUUCCUCGCCAUAUUUUUCAAGUGCAGAAGAUAUGGAGAGGAUAGUGAGCAAAACACCCAAUCUUCAAAAGUUAAGAUGUAUAUUUGACAAAUCAUGGGGUCGCGGAAAGAACGGAAGUCGAUUCCCAGUCUUAGACUCUUUAACACAACUUGAAACACUAAAGGUGCUCUUCUUCAGUAUUCCGAAAAUGAUUCCGAGUGGAUUAAACUUCCCAUUGAGUCUUAAGAAGUUGUCAUUGUGCAAUUUUCCUCUGGAACUUGCUGGAAUUUUGACCAUUGCACAACUUCCCACCCUUUAUGUACUUAAACUGCAACAAGUUGAUUUUGAAAGGAAUGAAUGGGAAGUGAGAGAUGAUGAGUUCCCUCAGCUCAAAUUCUUGAAACUUGAAAAUCUCAAUCUCUCGAAAUGGAGAGCAUCUGAUGAAGCCUUUUCUCGCCUGGAGCGGUUGGUUUUGCAUAGAUGUUCAUAUCUUCGCGAAAUCCCUUCUCGAUUUGGCGACAUGGAUUAUUUACAACACAUUGAGGUAAAGUCAUGCAACCAAUCUGCUGUCGACUCAGCCAUGGAAAUCAGAGAAACACAAGUUGAAAUGUUGCAGAGAUGUGGUUUCAAAGUUUUUAUCCAGCAGUAGACUGGAUGAAGACUUAUACAACACACUACCCUCCCCGGACCCCACUUAUGGGAUUACACUGGGUUUUUUGUUGUUGUUGUUGUUGUAUCCAGCAAUAGAAUAAUGAAUGUGUCUGCAAGCUUGCAACCUUCGAUUCGUUUCCAGUCCGACUCACAGGUCAAAUGUCGAAAGGUGUGUGUUAGACACACUCUAGAAAUGUUAUGUGCAAAGGGUUGUCCGUGGAGGAAAGAUGUGUCACAUGGAUUUGGUCUCAAGUUCUUCAACUGUGCAAGUGCAAAGUGAUGUGUGUGAUCAAGUGCAAGGUGCUGAGGGUGUUGAAGAUGAACUGAGACAGGCUUUUCAAGAAGAGAGAUUAUAGAAAAAAAGAGUCAUGCAGUCAAACCUUUUUAUAACCGCCUCGUUUGUUCCGAAUAUUUUUGGAUGUUAUAACGAAGUGCUGUUAUAGAGAACAUAUAUUAUAACAUAACAUGAAAAUGGGUUACGGAAAAACUUAGCUUUUAUAGUAAAGUAUUGUUAUAUAGGGAUACUGUUAUAGAAAGAUGUGACUGUAGUUUGUGACGCAUUAAUAAAAAUGUCUAGGUAAUGU